CUUCAGCGUGAGCGCAGACCACACUACAUUUUCUGUUGUGCCCACCCGGUCCCAUCAUCAUCACUGGUCUCACGGACAGACAAGAGUCGGGGUCACCGUGUUUAGCGACAAAGGGCUGACCGCCCGGCACCAUGGAGCUCGUCUGCAGGCUUCAUCUGGCGAGCAGGAAGCGUCUCCUCCCUUCAAAGACAGCCACCAUGGAGCUGAGAUAACCUCCUCCUCUUAUCGUCACCAGUCAAGGCUCAUGAUUUAGUCUAACUAUGGGAACAUGGCGUGGUCUUCGAGUGGCAUUCAUCCUUGGGUCUUUGUUUAUGAUCCUGCUGAUCAUCGUGUACUGGGAUGACGUCGGGGGCUUCAACCUCUACCCGCUUCAUGACCCCAAACACGAGUCCCUGCACUCUGACUCUGACCCUCAGGCGACUACAGGCCAGCCACGAUCUUUGUUUACAAGCAGAGAAAACACCAGUUCUGCCUUUAAUAGCCACACUACUGCUCCCAGUACAACACUGGUCCCUGAGGAGAAAGGAGGGGAAGCUGAGCAACAAACAAAUGAUGAAGAGAAGAAUACACAAGAACGGGUGGAGGAGGAAAUAAGAGAGGAUGAGGAGAAGGAAACGAGUAGUGCUACUGAGGAGGAAAGGGAACAAGAGGCGAGGAAGCAGAGGAUCAUGGACGUGUGCUCAGGAAAGGAUGCAGUGGAAUUCCCUGGUAGGACUCGGGCAUUUGAGCAGAUCCCAAACAGAGAGCUGGAUCACCUGAUAGUUGAUGACACUCACCAAAUUAUCUACUGCUAUGUUCCCAAGGUGGCGUGCACCAACUGGAAGCGAGUGAUGGUGGUUCUCUCUCAGUCUGUGAUCUCCCCCUCCUCAGGGAAACCUUACACUGACCCAGAGGCUGUACCUCCUGACCUCGUACACAACUCCUCUCUCCACCUCACUUUUGCUAAGUUUUGGCGCCAUUAUGGUUCUCUGUCCCGCCACCUGAUGGCACUCAAGCUCCAGCACUACACCAAGUUUCUUUUUGUACGAGACCCCUUUGUACGACUCAUCUCAGCCUUUAGGAACAAGUUUGGAAGGCCAAACGAGGACUUCUACAGGCAGUUUGGCUCGGUCAUGCUGCGUCGUUAUGGUAAUUUGUCUGGUAGUCUGCCAGAGACAGCAGCUGAGGCAUUUGCAGCGGGAAUCAAACCGACAUUUCAGCAGUUCAUCACAUACCUACUGGACCCAGAGACAGAGAAAGAGGGUAUCUUUAACGAACACUGGCGGCAGGUGUACCGUCUGUGCCAUCCUUGCCAGGUGAAGUACGAUUUCAUUGGAAGACUGGAAACCCUGGAACCAGACGCAGAGCACCUACUGAAGCUUUUAGAGGUAGACCAUCUGUUACACUUCCCUUCAGGAGCCCGAAACCGUACUGCAACCAGCUGGGAGAGAGACUGGUUCAAGCAGAUCCCCACUUUAGUGAAAAGAGAACUCUACAAACUGUAUGAACCAGACUUUGAGCUGUUUGGAUAUCCUAAACCUGACAGUGUGAUCCACCGGUAGACCCCACCAAGCGAAAGGCCUGGGCACUGCACCGUGUGAAGAGCCCGCGCCUCACCUACCUGUGCACAGCCUGUGUAUGCCUUCAAAGACUGGUCUAUAAUGUGGUUUGUUUUAUUUGUUUUGUGCGUACCUCAAAUGACUGAAGUGCCUGCCAGUAUUAUUUUAUUUUUCUCGUCAGUACAUAUCUAAAGCACACCUGCUUACAUGACCCCAGUGAGUUUGUAAAAGCACUUUGAAAAGUAUUUUUAAGUCAUAGGGAAAAGACAGAGGCCAACAGUUGGCUGACAUUUCUGAAGGGAAAUAUGUUGCAGAAAAAUAAAGAGUUUUUGGAAGACUA